UAGCAGCAGCAGCAGCAGCACUCAUGGCCUGCAGGUCCUGCUCAGCUGGUCAGCAGAGAAGCGAUGUUACAGAUUAAGAAAUGCAUGAGAUACAGCUCUCUGGGCAUCGCCGCUGCGAGGCUGUUGUCCUCCGGUUCCGCCAAGAACCCAGUCGUGUUUUUGGACGUCGAGGCCGACAGUGAGCCUCUGGGUAGAAUAAUCAUUGAGUUGAAUGCAGAUGUCGUGCCAAAGACUGCAGAGAACUUCAGAGCGUUGUGCACAGGGGAACAUGGCUUUGGAUACAAGGGAUGUGUGUUUCACAGGGUCAUACCUGAGUUCAUGUGUCAGGGUGGAGAUUUCACUAAGCAUAACGGCACAGGAGGGAAAUCUAUAUACGGGAAAACGUUCAAAGAUGAAAACUUCAAAUUAAAACACACUGGUCCAGGAACUCUUUCCAUGGCAAACUCAGGGCCAAACACCAAUGGCUCCCAGUUCUUCAUUUGUACAACUAAAACUGAAUGGCUCGACGGUAAACACGUGGUGUUCGGGCAGGUGAAGGAAGGUAUGGAUGUGGUCACCAAGAUGGAAUCCUAUGGUUUACAUGACGGCGGUGUGAUCAAGAAGAUUGUCAUCGCUGACUGUGGGGAGAUCAAAUAACACCUACGAUCACACGUGGACUUCUGUCAAAUGACUCAGGACGCAGCUAUUUGGUAUUUACUCUAUCUUUCCUCCCUUAUCCACGAUACUUUCAAAGAGGAGCUGAUCACUGAUGAUGCUGUGCUUCCCUAAAAUCUGAAAUUUCUCCUGUUGGUUGUGAUGUUAAAAAAAUCCAUAGAUUUAUCAGUUCGGGCUCAAAAUUGGGUAUGAAAUGUUUUUUAUCGUGUGUUUGUUCACAAAUAAUGCUAAUAAUGGAGAGACUGUGAGUUACACUGGUACAUUUUUUAUCUUGGUUGUUACAGAUCUCUUGGUUUUCUAAGUUUUAACUUGACCCAGAAAGUUGUUAUUGUGCGAUUACUCUCCAUUUACUGCCAAAUAAAUGACCAUUUUCAGAUUUUAGCAGCUCUGGUCUCAGUACAGGACAUUUGCUUUUAUGUGCCACCAACCCUGCUGGUUUUAAAGCUUCCUGGAAAUGAUCCAGCUGCUUUUUUUAGACACCCGUUCUCCAGCACGUCUGACUUCCUGUCCAUCAGAGCAGGAUGUGACAUCAUGUGACAUCCACCUACAGCAGAGCUGUAAUAUCACAUGAAAGCAGUUGAAACGUUAGACCUGUGCGCAAUAGACUCAUUGGACACAGACGAUUUAAUCCUCUGGAACCACAGAGAAACCUGAAAAUGUCUUUAGCUUGUAUGUGGGCUGCUCUUCCUUCAUUGCCUCUUUAUUUGAAACACAGAGUGUUAUGGAGGAGAGGGAGAAAGAGAGAGAAAAGAAGGCCAGGACAUGUCUGAAAGCCAGAGACUGGGUGGUGCUGCUUAUCGAGCUAAUACUUUAUGAAAGUAAAUAAUGAAGCGACGUGAAAAAGCAGCUCUUGCCCCUAAAUGAAACCAUAUGCGCACUGACCUUCCACCGUUUGUUUGAAUUCUCAGAUUACAUUGUUGCUAUAGAGACUUUGCAGGUCUCACUCUGUUUGAGCUAGAGAUGUUGUAACAAACUUGAUAUAAUUUGGGUCCCCACCCUCUGGUUUAGUUUUAGUUAUUUGGAAUGCAUGUCCAAUAUUGUGCAUGGAAACUUGGCUCGAAAGACGGCGGUGCCGUGGCCAAUGUUUAAUACACAUGCAAAACAAUGACAUCUUUACAACUGGUACAAGCUGGUUCUUCUGCUGUAAAUGUCAUGUAAAUGUACAUUUAUCUCACAACACCCGUGUCAGCUGGUGUCCUUUUUUUAUGUUUUGGUUUUCACAGUUUGACUCAAAGUGUUGAA